GGGUUCUCCGGUUAGCUUCCUAAGCUAGAGUUUUCUAGGGUUUGUCGCCCCAGGGUUUCUCGCCCCGCUCUUCGAUCCAAAACACCCAAAUCGAUCGAUUUCCUCGCCCACACCGGCGGUGAUCUCGCCCCCGAGGUGGAGAAACCGAUCCAAAACACCCAAAUCGAUCGAUUUCCUCGUCCACUCCGGCGGGGAUCUCGCCCCCGAGGUGCAGGAUUUCUUGAAUAAGGAGCAACAAUCGGUAGUGCGAAGAUGGUGGCGGCUUCCGCCAAUAAUGAUCAGUCCCACAAGUCCCACCGCAUUCAUAAAGCGGGUGCUUCUGCGAAGAAGAAGAAAGGCAAGAACAAGAAGGAGAGCGGAAGUGCUUCUGCGAGUGAAAAGAAGCAGAAUCCAAAGGCAUUCGCUUUCAAUUCCUCAGUAAAGGCCAAAAAGUUGCAAGCCCGUUCAGCUGAGAUUGAACAACGCAGGCUGCAUGUGCCGAUAAAUGACCGGUCAACUGGGGAACCAGCUCCUCUCGUUGUUGUAGUCCAUGGUCCUCCGCAGGUGGGAAAAUCCUUGCUGAUAAAAUGUCUCAUAAAACACUACACGAAACAUAAUUUAUCUGAAGUUCAUGGCCCCAUCACUGUUGUGUCAGGAAAACAACGGAGAGUGCAAUUCCUGGAGUGCCCUAAUGAUAUUAAUGGUAUGAUAGAUGCCGCAAAGAUAGCUGAUCUUGCAUUGCUGCUAAUUGAUGGAAGCUACGGGUUUGAAAUGGAAACUUUUGAGUUUCUCAACAUUAUGCAAGUUCAUGGCUUCCCGAAGGUUAUAGGAGUGCUUACACAUCUUGACAAAUUCAAGGAUGUUAAGAAACUAAGGAAAACAAAAAAGCGGCUCAAGGAACGGUUUGGGGCUGAAAUAAAGCAGGGGGCAAAACUUUUCUAUUUAUCUGGUCUCAUUCAUGGAAAAUAUCCGAAACGUGAAAUUCACAAUCUUGCAAGGUUCAUCUCAGUUAUAAAAACCAGUCCUUUGUCAUGGCGAUUGUCUCAUCCUUAUUUACUAGUGGAUCGCUUUGAAGAUGUCACUCCUCCUGACAGAAUGCACACUAAUAAUAAAUGUGACAGAAACAUUACAUUAUACGGUUACCUCCGAGGUUGCAAUAUGAAGAGGGGUACAAAGGUACAUAUCACUGGUGUUGGGGAUUUUAGUUUGGCUGGGGUGACAAGUCUGGCUGACCCCUGCCCUUUGCCAUCUGCUGCUAAAAAGAAGGGUCUGAGAGACAAAGAAAGGCUUUUCUAUGCACCGAUGUCUGGUCUUGGCGAUCUACUUUACGACAAAGAUGCUGUCUACAUUAACAUAAAUGAUCAUCUUGUUCAGUUUUCAAAAGUUGAUGACGAAAACAGUGCAGCGGCAAAAAAAGGAAAAGAUCGCGAUGUUGGUGUGGAACUUGUAAAAACACUUCAAAAUACAAGAUACUCAAUUGACGAAAAGUUGGAAAAGAGUUUCAUUGAUCUUUUUAGUCGGAAACCGCUUGCUUCUACAAGCGAUAACAGCAAUGCCUACGGAACUCUUGAUGGCAAAGAAGUUUCGGAUAAAAACGAGGCUUUUGAGAAGGAGCUGAAUAGAACAAGUGAUUCUAGUGAUUCCGAUAAUGAUAGUAAUGCUGAGGAGCUGAAUGGAACAAGUGAAUGUAGUGAUUCUCAUGAAGAUGGCAGUGAUGCUGGGGAGGAGGACUCGCAUGAAGAAGAUGUGCAGUUGGAGGAAGGAGCCGAUUUUCAGAAUGGAAGGAGGAGGAGAAGAGCUCCAACCCCUGACUCUAAAGAACACAACAAUACAGAGGACUCUGAGGAAGAUGACGGCAGCGAUCAAUUGUCUGUUGGUUCAGAAUCUUCAGAUUUAUCUUCAGAGGAUGAUGCAGGCAAUGCUUCAAAGUGGAAAGAAUCAUUGAUUGCGAGAACAUUGAUGCGGCAGAAUGGCAACUUGAUGCAACUUGUCUAUGGGCAAUCUUUGUCUAAUUCAGCUGCUGCUUCACAGAAAGAACGUGAGAGUAGCGAGAGUGAUGAAAGUGAGGAUGGAAAUUUCUUCAUACCGAAAGGACAGAGGGAGAAGAUGGCUGAUGAGAAGUUUGAUGACAAUGAUAUUAAUGCUGAAGACUGUUCAAAAUUCAAAACAAAAUUGAGGAAGUGGUCAGAUGAGAAUCUUAUUAGUAGUAUUCGUGAUCGUUUUGUAACUGGUGAUUGGUCAAAAGCUGCUCAAAGAGGCAAGUUAGCAAAUGAUGGAGAAGACGAUGAAAAUAUUUAUGGCGAUUUCGAAGAUUUGGAGACUGGAGAAACAUAUGGGGGCGGGCCAGCAGAAAAUGCUGAUGCAAAUGCAAAUAAUGAUGAGGACGAUGACCUAGAACGGGAAGAGAGGAGGCUUAAAAAACUUGCUCUGAGAGCUAAAUUUGAUGCUCAAUAUGAUGGAUCUUUGAUGUCGGACGAGGAUGAGGAGAAAGCAACAGACAAUAAGCCUAACCGAGAUAAGAACCCUGAGGGUGGAUAUUUCGACAAACUGAAGGAGGAAAUCGAACUCCGUAAGCAAAUGAAUAUAGCGGAAUUAAAUGAUCUUGAUGAGGCUACUCGAAUUGAGGUGGAAGGCUUUCAAACAGGGACUUAUCUUAGACUAGAGGUUCAUAAUGUUCCUUUUGAGUUGGUUGAACAUUUUGAUCCAUGCCACCCUAUACUGGUGGGAGGCAUUGGCCUUGGGGAGGAAGCUCUUGGCUACAUGCAGGCUAAUAUAAAGCGCCAUAGAUGGCAUAAGAAAGUGUUGAAGGCUAGAGAUCCAAUCACUCUCUCGAUUGGUUGGAGGCGCUUCCAAACGAUUCCGAUAUAUGCCAUCGAGGAUCGGAAUGGACGGCGGCGUAUGCUUAAAUAUACUCCUGAGCAUAUGCAUUGCUUUGCAAUUUUUUGGGGCCCUCUUGCUCCUCCUAAAAGUGGGGUACUUGCUGUACAGAAUAUGUCAAACAAUCAGGCAUCAUUUCGAAUCGCUGCCACUGGCUGGACGCAAGAGUUAAACCAUGCUGCUCCAAUAAUGAAAAAGAUCAAACUCAUCGGCCAUCCAUGCAAGAUCUUCAAAAAGACCGCAUUGAUUAAAGACAUGUUCACAUCAGAUCUUGAAGUUGCUAAGUUUGAAGGUGCUGCUGUGGUAACCGCUAGUAAAAUCCGAGGGCAGGUUAAGAAGGCAGCUAAGGCAGAUUUAGGGAAUAAGCUGAAGAAGAGGGGAGAAGUGUUAAAAGAAGGGAUCGCGAGGUGCACAUUCGAGGAUAGAAUUCUGAUGAGCGAUAUUGUUUUCUUGCGCGCAUGGACUAAAGUCGACAUCCCCCAGUUUUAUAAUCCUGUGACUACAUCUCUCCAGCCUCGCGAUCGAGCCUGGAAAGGAAUGAGAACAGUUUCUGAGCUACGGCAAGAAUACAAUAUCCCGAUUCCGCACAACAAAGAUUCGGUUUACAAGCCUAUUGAGAGGAAGCCCCGAAAGUUCAACCCACAAGUGAUCCCACAGAAACUACAGGCUGCCCUCCCAUUUGCGUCGAAGCCGAAGGACACGCCUGGCAGGAAGCGGCCGCUUUUAGAAACCCGGCGGGCGGUCGUUGUGGAACCUCACGAACGGAAGAUCAUUUCCUUCGUUCAGCAUCUUCAAUUGAUCAAAAACGACAAGAUGAGGAAGAAAAAACUCAAGGAAGAGAAGAAGAAGAAAGCAUACGAAGCCCAGAAGGCAAAGAACGAGCAGUUAUCUAAGAAGCGACGGAGAGAAGAGCGGCGGGAGAGAUACCGGGCGGAAGAUAAACAGAAGAGGCGAACGCGAAGGAAAAUCGAGGCUUAAGAGCCAUACUUUUUCAAGUAAAUCAAGAUUAGUGCCUCCGACGCUCAAUCGGGAGUGUGUUUAUCAGAUGAUUUUUUUUUUCUUUUCUCGGCAUUAGUUGAUUAUCAUCUUUUUACCUAUUUUGAUCACAAUAUUUGAUAUUGGAAAGUUUUGUAAUUGUAGUUCCUUUUUAUGGUACUAAUUUUUACUAAACUGUAAGAUUUGCGCAUAAUCUUAUUGAGUUGAACAUGCUUGCUUGAAGAUGAAA